GGGAUAUCUAACCACCAACUGCUCGUCUCUUUUGAUUCUUAUUUCUCACAGAACCAUCUCCUACUACUCUCGGUUUCUCGAAGAUCUUUCGUCUGCUCGGCACUAUCCUGAUUCCUCGCUGCAUCAUACCCUACUCAUCUAGGUGUUAUUUAAGAAUCUUGCUGCGACCAGCACCUCCUACCAGUCCCUCGAAUCACCUGGCCUCAUCUUUCAACUUCGAACAACUAUCUUCUCUUUGCACCACAUAUUCUCCCAGAUUGGUGCCUUGCCAAGCGAAGACUUUCACUUAACCCCUCUAUAAACCGCAACGGAUCCUCACCUACAAUUCGCUCUCAUCUCACAUCAAUCAUUCUCCUUCCCUAUGUGAAGAAGCUUCUGCAGAAACGCGCCAUGCCGUCUCCCUCCAAAAAGAACGCCAAAGCCCCCAAAACGGGGAAGGCAUUUCGGCGCAUUCGUGCCGCCAUGGUCGGGGAUUUCCACCAGGGGAAUCUAGUCCCACAGUGGGUGCGUCGAAAUGGUGGAGAAUUCCACGACAAGGUGUCUGACAAAGUCACGCAUCUGAUUGCCUCGGAAGAGGCCUAUGAGCAGAACGCAGAAGAGGUACAAAAAGCAAAGGCUUUGGGGAAAAUCAAAAUUGUGUCUCGUGACUGGCUCACGGCUUCACUGCACGCCAAUCCCAUUCGCCCCGUUCCAGAUAGACCCUUUCUUCUGGAGAACCUCAUCAAGCCGGCGAAGAAGAAGUCCGAGAACAGAAUUGGCAUGGAUAAGAAGACAGACUCUGGAACGAAGUCCGGGAUUCGCCUAAAUGAUCCCUUCGUCCAAAAGAAAUCACCCAAGGGCUCGAAGAACAUGACUCCGCCGAAGAAGGUCAUAUUUCGUGACCCCCAGACAGGUGCUGCCUGGGACGCCGUACUUGUGCGCGAGGGUAAAACAGCCCGUCUUCGAGACAAAUACCGUUUGGCUAUCUUCGAAGACUCCUCUCAACCAUCUACCUACUCGACGUGGGCAAAGUAUAGCCGCGUUGGGAUAUCUCGCGUUGAAGAACUGGCUCCUUUGAAGAGUGACGUGGCUACUGCUGUGGAUGCCUUCAAGCAAUUCUUCAAGGCUGAGACAGGAAAGGAUUGGGAGGAUAAAGAUGAUGCCAAACUUCCUUACCCCAAGACAGAUAGCCAAGGCAAUGUUCUACCCCCUCACGAGGGCUGGUAUUUCUACAAAAGUCAGGACAACAUGUUCACAAGCUACCUGAUGCAAGCCGGGCCGUCUGGUGGAGGUACACGCAGUACUAAAGCUGUCGACCAUCGAGAUGCACCCGUUGGACCAGAGACCGGCACCUCUCAAACUGAGGUGGUUGUUGCAGAAGUCACUGCACAGCCAGAGGAAGGUAGCGGCAAUAAUGCUGAUGUUGAUUCUGACAAACCAACCGCUGACGCAUGUGAACCUGCCAAGUCUGGAACAACAGUGGAUACUGAUACCAAGCCCGAGUCGGAACUUCAGAAGGGCUUGGAUGAGCAAAAGUGACUAUAUCACCACUCAGGGUAUUUUUUUCAAGCAGAAGUUUUACAUGGAGAUGAAGGAUGGAUUUUCGUUGUGCUUUGAUAAUUGGUUCUUUAUUCGUUUGAAGCUUGAAAUUGCCCUCGCACUCUCAACAGGGUAUAGGGACAGCACCAACAAUGAUAUACAUGAACUGGCGAAAAUGCCUUUUUAGUUGACCGUUAAACUCCAAUGCACCAAUGGACUAAGCCAAAGCUUGCCCCCAAAGAAAAACCAGACCAACUGUACCAUAACUUUGCGCGCCUGCAGCCGACACCAAAAUGCAACCUCGUGAGAAAUCUAAAGGUAGUCCUUCUUUUUGCUGGUCCUCGUGUACUGGGUAAGAGCCCACUCCACGUCGCCCGUGGAACCCUUCUCCAUGGUACCGCCACGAAUCUCGAAGAGACGCAUUGUCAUCCGAGGACCGACCUCUGCGAGUUCAACAUCCCGGUAGCUACUCUUCACGAAAACGUGAUGACGCACCUCAAUGCUGUCCUCUUUAUUCACAAAGCUGACAACGCGGGUGCCAACCUUGCCAGGUUCACGGGGUGGGAAGAGGUGCUUCAAGAUCUGGACAACGCGCUGGCCCAGCUUAGUCGUGAAGCCCUCGAAGAUCAGGUGAGGGUAGCUCUCGGAAACGGUGCCUCGGUCGGCAUUGGGAAUAUCCGCUCGCAGGACGACAUUGUGAAGAGAGAAGCUGGCAGUCGGACCGUGGGGCAGGUGCGAGACUGUCAGGGCGGUGGGUGUACCACGGUGUUCGUGCAGAAGAAUCAUAUCGGUCAAGGAGGCGGAGGUUGCGCUGGACACCAGGUCGGGCAUGACGAGAUUACCACGGUUCAAACGGAUCGAAGUCGGGAGAAGCAAUCGGAUUUCUUUGGCGAAAGCUCCUAGGCGAGCAGAAGGCGAGCGAGACGUAGUAACCAGCGGACGAGGGUCAAUCAGACCGGAUGUCAGGGCAUAUUCGUCAUCCACAUCCACCUCAUCCUUUGAUUCAUCGUAUUUGAAAUCUUCACGGAGUGAUUUGUCGUUUGCAAUGGAGGGGUCAAGAGGUUUUCCAGAGGCCAAAGAGGCUUUCAACUGGGCGCGCUUUUCGGCGAUUGAAGCAUCGCGAAGCUGCAACGCUCGCCGAUAAAGGUAAUCGCGACGCUCACGGGUUUGACGGCGCUAGCAAAGAAGUUAGCAAGUUGAGUAUUUACUGGAUAGGCUUAUAAUGUUCAAGGA